AUGGAUAACCAUUCAAGUUCAUCCAAUCCCUCUUCUUUAUCAUCGUCGUCAUCGUCAUCAUCAUCAUCAUCAUCAUUUUUAUCAGAUCAUGUCAAAAAAGAAGAACAAAAUGGUUUGGAUACCAUUAAAGAAGAAAUUGAAAAUAAAAUAGAAAAUGAAGAAGAGGAGGAAAAGAUAGAAGAGAAACCCAUAGAAAAAGUGGAAGAAGAAAAAAUCAUAGUACAGAAAGAAGAGGAAGAAAAGAUAGAAGAGGAACCAAUAGAAAAAGAAGAAGAAAAAAAGGUAGAAGAAGAGAAAUUUGAACAAGAUAAUAUAAAUACUACGGUUGAAGCAAAAACUCUAGAAACUUCAACAGAACCUAUAGCAACAGAGGUUGUAGAUGAGAAGUCCAUAACCUCUAAUAAUGAAAAUUUAGAAGAACAACAAAAGGAAGAUGUUAUUUCAAUACCACCACCUCAACAAGAACAACAAGAACAACAAGAACAACAAGAAAAACAAAAAGAAGAAACAAAACCAAGUAUUAGAGAAGAAGUUAAAGAGAAAAUUAAAGGUAAACUUAGUGAAAUUAAAGAAGAAAUUAAAGAUAUAAAAGAAGAGAUUAAACAUGUAAUUAGAGAGGAAGUUACGGAGCCUAUAAUAGUGGUUGAAAAUAAUAAUUCUCCACCACCGCCACCACCACCACCAUCAAUUACAGUUCAAAGUUCAUCACCAGUUUCAUCACAAAUUUCAUCACCAGUUUCAUCACCAGUUUCAUCACCUAAACCUUCUGUUACAUUUAAUGAAGAUGGUAGAAAAAGGAAAGAAGGUGGCAUAACAGCAAGUAUCUCAUCAGAGGAUAUUAUGGCACUAUCAUCAUCAACCUCUACUAAUAAUAAAGGUAUUCCAAAAGAGAAUAAAAGGACAGCUUCAACGAUUUUAAGAUCAAAAUCAUCACCAAAUCCAGGUGCAAAUAAUCCAAAUCAUAAUAAAGAUGGUAAUAAUUCAUCAUCAUCAUCAUCAUCAAAUAAUAAUAGUGAUAAUAAUAAUAAUAGUGAUAAUAAUAGUAAUAAUAAUAAUAUAAAUAAUAAUAAUAGUAGUAGUAAUAAUUUAAAUUAUGAUUCAUCAGAUAUUGAUACUGAAGCAAUACCAAAAUUUUAUCAUGAUUUUAAAAUACAUAGAGGUACAUCAUCAUGUGUUUAUUGUGGAGAGAAUACAAGAUUAUGGUCAACAAGUUAUAAAUGUUUUUUUUGUGGUGUAGUUUGUCAUAAGAAAUGUUUAGAUUCAAUGAAUACAAUUCCAUGUUCAUCGGCUAUUCAUAAUAUUAAAGGUAAAAAUCGUAGUCAAACUAUUAGUGGUUAUGCACCACCAAAUUCUUUAGCAUUACAAGCUCCACCAUACAUUUCUGUUGCAAAACCAUCUUCAAUUACAAAUUCAAGUUCAAAAUCAACACCAUCAUUAUUAUCUGCACCACCUUCACAAUCAAAUUCAAAUAAUUCAUCACCAAAUAUAUCAAGUAAAAGUAAUCCAAAUUCACCAAUAACUACAUCUGCAACAACCACAACAACAACAGCAACAAUUUCAUCAUUAUCACCAACAUCAAUAUCAAGUCCACCAAUUGCAUCAGAACAACCACCAUCACCACUAUUACAACAACAGCAACAACAACAACAACAACAACAACAACAACAACAACAACAACAACAACAACAACAACAACAACAACAAAUUUCAACAACACAAUUACAAGAUUUAAAUAAUACAUCAGAGAAACCAGAUGAUGAUAUGAUUAAUUUAAUGUUUGAUACAUUAAUGGUUGAUUUAGAUUUAAAUUUACCAGCAUCAAAAUUAUCAACAACUCAAAAAUGGUUAUUAUUGGAACAAAAGUUUAAAUUGAAAAAGGAUGAACUUUUACCAGAAUAUUUUAUAAAUGCAUUAAAAGAGCAACCAAGUAAAUCAAUUUUUCAAUCAUUAGUGGUAAUUUUACGUACCAAUGUAACAAAGAAUUGGAUGUGUUCAUUCGUUCAAUUGAAUGGUGUUGAGAUUUUAUUUGAAAUCUUAUCAAAAUCAAAAAGAAAAGAUUAUAAAGAUGAUUGUUUAAGUUGUAUUGGUAAAGUUAUGUCAAAUCCAAUUGGCUUGAAUUCAGUGGCACAAUUACCAAUGGCACCUAAAACAAUUACCAAAGUCUUAAGAUCAAAACAAUAUUGUAUAAAAAGUAAAGCAAUGGCAAUUGAAUUAUUGACCGUUAUGUUAUUGGAUAAAUAUGUUCCUGGUGGUUGUAGUUUGGUUCUUAAGGCGUUAACUAAAACCAAAGAAAAGAAAAGAUUCUCUUUCUUUGUUAGAUUCAUCAAAGAUAAUGAAUCAUUGGAAUUGAAAACCAAAGCAUUAUGUUUUAUCAAUGUGUUAAUCUUUGAAAUGGAGGAUAUGAACGUACGUGUAAACAUUAGAAGUGAAUUCCUCAGACUUGGUCUAUACACUUAUCUUAGGGAAAUAAAGAAAACAAUCACUCAUGAAAAAACAUUGUUCACCCAAAUAGAAAUAUUUGAAGAGAUGAUGAAUGAAGAUACACAAGAGUUGGAUCUAAGAUUAGAAGAUUUAAAGCGUCAACUUGGUAUAGAUAUUGAUGAUGUUGAUCAAGUUUUUAAAGCUUUGAAGAACACUACCUCCAAAUCGGGUUUAAAUAGACAACUUUUAAAUAUCCUUCAAAAUCUAUUAGUCAUUAAAGCUUGUGAUCCAACUGAUGGUGUAAAAUACUUUAUAUUGUGUGAUACUUUAGUCAAACAAAUUUCACUUCAUAAGGGUGGUUUUGAAGAUCCUUCAAAUUUUGAUUUCCGUGGUUUAAUGGUUGGUCUUGAGAGUGCUACAGCUGAAGUAACCUUAAAUAGAAAAUUGGGUGAACUUGAGAAACAAAAUAUUGAUAAAGCUAUGAAGAUUCAAGAACAAGAUAUCAAUAUAAAGAGUUUAUUGGAUUUAUUAAAACAAUUAAAAGAUGGUGGUACUGCACCUGAUGCUUCAAUGAUUAAAAAGAUUGAAGAAAUGAUUAAACAAAUGGAACCACCACCACCACCAAUUUCUGUUAAAUCACCAGAUGAUCCAAAUAAUGCCGCACCAAUUGUUGUAGCACCAAUCCCACCUCCUCCACCACCAAUUUCUGGUGCUCCACCCCCACCCCCACCACCACCACCUCCAAUGAAAGGAGGUGCAGGUCCACCACCCCCACCACCACCACCUGGUAAAUUGGGAGCAAAGAAACCACCAGCAGGUGUACAAUGUAGACCACCACCAAAAGUACCAAAACCAUCACAUCCAUUGAAAGCUUAUCAAUGGGUUAAAUUGGCACCAGUUAAAGUUAAUGAUUCAUUAUUCGAUAAAUUGGGACCAAUGAAUGAUAUUAACCUACCAUGGAAUCAAAUUGAAGAGGAAUUUGCAGCCAAAGUAAUCGUUAGAGAAAAGAAAGCAAUAGUUAAACCAAAGGGGCCAACUCAAGUUAUCGAUCCAAAAUUGGGUCAAAAUAUUAGUAUUUUCCUUUCACAAUUUAAAGGUGUUGAACCUAAACAACUCAUAACUUAUAUUCAAUCUAUGGAUGAAUCAAAAAUGUCAAGAGAUCAAGUUAAACAAAUUUCAAAACUUUUACCAUCAAGAGAGGAUUUAGCAGCUCUUAAAGAAUUUUUACAAGCUGAAGAUCGUUCAAAGUUAAGUAUUGCCGAUCAAUAUUGUAUCGAUAUUGGUGCAUUCCCAUUCGCCUCUGAAAAGAUUUCAAUGUUUUUAUUGAAAUCUGAAUUGAAAUCAAGAUUGGAUGAAGUUAAACCACAAAUUGCCGCCGUGUCAGUUGCAUGUGAUGAAGUAUACAAGAGUAAAAAGUUAAUACGUAUCAUUGAAAUCAUUUUGGUUUUAGGUAAUUUCAUAAAUUAUGGUACACCAAGAGGUGAUAUUUCCGGUUAUAAAUUGGAUAGUCUUAUAAAAUUAAGUGAUACUAAAUCCUCAGAUUUAUCUUCAAACCUAAUCAAUACAUUUGUAAAAUAUUGUCAAGAGAAAGAACCUAAUCUAUUAACAUUUGCCGAUGAAUUACCAUCAUUAACAACAGCAAGAAAAACCAUUUGGUCUGGUGUUGUAGCUGAUGUUUCUUCAAUUGGUCGUGAUGUUCAUUCUGUGAAACAAAUCGUUGAAACACUUCAAAAAUCAAAUGAACCAUUCAAUCAAUCAAUCAUUGAUUUCCUUGCCACCGCUUCAACCGAAGUUGAAAAAUUGAGAAAACUUUUAGAGAGUACUCAAGAGAAUUUCAAAAAACUUUGUAAAUAUUUCGCUGAAGAAGAGGGUAAAUCACAACCUGAAGAAUUUUUCGAUAUUUUUGGUCGUUUCAUUACAUUGUUUGAAAAUGCUACCACCCAAUUACAACAACAAAAAGAGGAACAGUUAAAGGAGGAAAAGAGAUUACAACAAAAACAACAACGUCAAGAAAGAGCAGUUAGAAAAUUAACCACCUCAAAUGAAUCUGCUUCUGCCUCUCCAAACCAUGCUAAAUCCACUGAUGAUAAAAGUGAUGAAGAUGAUGAUAUUGUUAAUGAUCUUUUAAUGGCUGUUCGUGAUGGUGACGCUUUCAGACAAGCAAAAGGUAGAAGAAGAACAACUCAUCAAAUCGCUACCUCAAAAAUGAUUUCAAAUAAUUUAGAUCCUUCUAAAAUUUUACCAACAAGUCCAAAUAAAAAUUAA